AUGAAUCAGUUGAAAUGGUCUGCAGUGCUGCUCCUACUGGCUCUCUCAGUCAGAGAGACUUUUACACAGAGAAUCAUCGGAGGACAAGAAGUCGAACGGUACUCUAUCAAGUACCAGGCAUCUAUACAGUAUAACAGGGACCACUACUGUGGAGCCACCCUCAUUCGGCCCCAGUGGGUGGUGUCUGCUGCCCACUGCUGGAGACCGGCCCAGCUUAUCCAGGUGGUUUUGAGUGAGCACAGUCUGGUCGAGGAAGAAGGCUUCGAGCAAGUGAUCAACAUCUCCAAGAUCUUUGUCCACUAUAGCUACAACUACAAGACUUUCAACAACGACAUCAUGCUCAUCAAGCUCAGUGAGCCAGCCAAGCUGAAUGCCUACGUUCAGCCUGCCCCACUGCCAGAAGAGGACACCCCUGCUCUCCAAGGGUACACCACCUGUACAGUGAGCGGCUGGGGUGUCACCCGUAUCUACAGCUACUACCUGUCCCCUGUGCUGCGUGCUGUGGAUGUGCAGACCAUACCUUACUGCCACUACUACUACUACUGGAGGAUCACAGACAACAUGAUGUGCGCUGGGUCUCGCUUUGGUGGCAAGGACUCCUGUCAGGGUGACUCAGGUGGACCCCUUAUCUGCAAUGGAAACUUGGAAGGCAUCGUCUCAUGGGGAAUCAGCUGUGCCAACCCUUACUUCCCAGGAGUCUACACUCAAGUCAGAAUGUAUGUCAGAUGGAUCGACUGGAUCAUCAACAAUGACAACCCCAACAACUGAAUCAAGACAAACGUCCCAGAAAGGUAGCGCACGCAGGGAAGAGAACAGUUCCACAAGGAAUUUAAUAGAAGGAAAUAAAUCAACAUGAGGUAAAAUAACAGACUACACUAUUCCACUCCUGCUUGUCACAGUUUGAAACCAUAUGAACAAGAGCAGUGGCUGUGAGUAGAGGGCAAACACAGAAGCAAUAGUAUGGGAUGUAGCACAGAGAUCCAACAGUAUGUCAUUCUGUGUGGAAUAGCGAUAAACCACAACUCCCUCAUUUUCUCAUUAAUUUAGUUAGCUUUGGACACUGACUAAAUUAUAUCUUUACAGAUAUCAGAUGUAAAGCAUUGUCACAUGCUCAGUCAGAAGUCGUUCUGCGGUAUGUGAGACCUUUGUUGUAAGAAUCUGAUGAUUAUUAACCUUGUAUUAAACCUACAUACAUGAUUAACAAUUCUACUUUGUUACUCUGUUGUAAAGAGAAAAAAAUGCUGU